AUGCCUGUUCAUAAGAUUGACGACAGACAACCAAAACAACCUCCCUGGGGAGAACUUCCAUUGGAAGUCUACUUUCUCUCCGAAUGGGAAAAGCCUCACCCAGAUCCUACACAAUCCAACGAAUCACCCGCAGACCGUCGCAAACGGCUUGUUCGCCAAUUUCUCGCAUUGGGGUUCGAAGGCAGACAGAAAUCGCCACCCAUUCCAACUGAAUUUCAAAUAAACGAGAUUCUUCGACCUAUACGCCCCGAGGUUCUACGCGCCUACGCUGAUGACACCGGAUCUUUAUCCGGUCUUUGGCUUCGUCUCUGCUACACGGAUGAAGAGGCGCAUAAGGCUCUGUGGGCCGAAAAUGAAGAAGCAGAAUGGGUUAGUUAUGACGGGAUCGUACUCGACGAUGAAAGCAUCUUCGGUGGCUUGGAUUUGGCAGCUGCCCUGGAAGUCUUUCCAGAGCGUGUUACGAAUGAGCAUGUCAAUCUUCAACUCAGAGAUGCAGAGUUCCGAGAGAUGGUAGAGGCUGCACAAGAAAGUCCAUGUCCUAGUGCGGAGAACUACUCUGAUGAGCUUAAAGAGUUUUUAGCGAGAGAUCAAGAGGAGUUAGACAAGAACCCACUUAUGAGGUAUUCUCUCUGGCACGCUGCUUGUGUUGUUACUCAUAUAUUUGUGGAGGAUGAGGUGGCGCAAAAGGGUGGAGGUUUACUGCAUGUGUUUUUAGAUGAUUAUGGGAAUGUGGUGAGACAGUGGCGAGUUGAGAAUGAUGGAUCAGAAAGUAAUUAUGAUGGCGCUUGGUUCGAAGGUUGUUAUAAAGAAGCUUUUGAAGGUGGUAUGGGAGGUAGUAUGGAAGAAGAAAUUGGGCCGGCUUAUCAUGAGGGCGGAAGCCGGGGGCCUCCAUAUUAUUAG